AUGGCUGCUCCUCCGAUUGACCUGGAUCUCAAUGGCUCCGGUGAUCGCGGCAAGAAGGUUGCGUACUUCUACGACUCGGACGUAGGUAACUACGCCUAUGUUUCAGGGCAUCCCAUGAAGCCGCACCGUAUCAGGAUGACACAUAGCCUGGUUAUGAACUAUGGCCUCUACAAGAAGAUGGAGAUCUACCGUGCGAAACCAGCCUCAAAGUAUGAAAUGACACAAUUUCACACCGACGAAUAUAUCGACUUCCUUUCAAAAGUUACGCCAGACAACAUGGACCAGUUUUCCAAAGAACAAGGCAGGUAUAAUGUUGGGGAUGACUGUCCGGUCUUCGACGGGCUGUUUGAAUUCUGCGGUAUUAGCGCUGGAGGCAGUAUGGAGGGUGCGGCGCGCCUCAACCGCAACAAAUGCGACAUCGCUGUGAACUGGGCUGGAGGUCUCCAUCACGCAAAGAAGAGCGAAGCAAGUGGUUUCUGCUAUGUGAAUGAUAUCGUUCUUGGUAUCCUCGAGCUGUUACGAUUCAAGCAAAGAGUCCUUUACGUCGAUAUCGAUGUCCACCACGGCGACGGUGUCGAGGAAGCGUUCUACACAACUGACCGCGUCAUGACAGUCUCAUUCCACAAGUACGGAGAAUACUUCCCGGGGACCGGCGAGCUUCGUGAUAUUGGAGUGGGACAGGGCAAGCACUACGCUGUCAAUUUUCCACUUCGUGAUGGCAUCGACGACAUUUCGUACAAGAGUAUUUUUGAGCCCGUUAUCCGAAGUGUCAUGGAAUGGUACCGCCCAGAAGCUGUCGUCCUUCAAUGUGGUGGUGACAGUCUUUCGGGUGAUCGUCUAGGUUGUUUCAAUCUGAGCAUGAGAGGCCACGCAAAUUGUGUGAACUUCGUCAAGAGCUUCAAUUUACCGACCAUGAUUCUUGGUGGCGGUGGUUACACAAUGCGCAAUGUUGCGCGAACGUGGGCGUUUGAGACUGGGAUUCUGCUAGGGGACAGUCUAGGUCCUGAGCUUCCUUACAAUGACUAUUACGAGUACUUUGCACCGGACUACGAACUGGAUGUGCGUCCAUCGAAUAUGGACAAUGCCAACACGAAGGAUUAUCUCGACAAAAUCCGAGCUCAAGUGGUGGAGAAUCUCAAGCGGACGGCUUUUGCACCCUCUGUGCAGAUGACUGACGUACCUCGCGACCCUCUUGUUGAAGGCAUGGACGAUGAGGCAGACGCAAUCCUCGAUGAUCUCGACGAAGACGAAAACAAGGACAAGCGCUUCACGAGACGACGAUUCGAUCAGUAUAUCGAGAAGCCCGGUGAACUCAGCGAUAGUGAAGACGAGGAAGAGAAUGCGGCGAACGGAGUUCUUCGCAAGCCUCAAUCGCUGAAGCGCAGAAACCAGAUCAAUUAUCGGAAUGUCGACCUGGACUCCGGGCUUGAUAGCGGGGUUGCCACUCCUCAAGAAGCCUCGUCGGUCCCGGAUGACGAGAUGGACACCACUGCCGACAUGAAAAUGGCCGAAGCACCUCUACCCGAGUCUGAUGUUCCACCCUCGCCUUCCGCCGCCGGAUCGACUUCUAGGAGAGACGAAAAAGCGGCUGCAGAGCCUUCUGAGAUGGCUGUUGAUGGACCAGAGGGGGUUGCCACUUCCGCUGCUGUCUCCCGCCAACAAUCCCCGAAGCCGCAGGAUGAGGACACUACGAUGGAAGACGCAGGUGCGCCUGUCCCCGAAACUGAGCAGUCGGACAAACCAGCGUCGUCAGUUGAGGGGCAGGAAGAGGAGAAGAAUCCAGAGACACCGGCUCCAGAAAAGGCAGCCCCAGAACCUUCAUCUCCCAUCAAGGCUUCGCCUAUUCCGGGCGAGAAGGAUGUCUCGGACAAGCCAGAAACGAAUGAUACAACGGAACCGGUUGAGGUCAAGGCCAAGGAGAAGACUCCUGAGGCCCCUAUCGAUCAACAGGCUUUGAAAACCGAGCAGGAGACUUCUGAGGAUGCCAGUGAAAACAAGGCAGGCAGCCAACCGACAGAAGUAAGCUCAAAACAGCAACCUGAGGAGGCUGAGAAAGGCGGGGAUUGA